GUGAGAGUUUUCAUUCUUGUUCACUCGAAAACCUAUCAGCCAAGACACAAUGGUAAGCUUUUUACAAGCUAGUAUUGUUCUCUUUUGAUUGCAAUGGGUUUGCGAUCACAAAUACAAGAUCAAACUCCCCAUUCACCUGAGUAAGAGCCAAAGUAAACAACAAAUUCACUAACAUGUUCUUAUGUAUAGGCCGACAAACUUCGCGCCCAGCAACAGCUCGAGCAGCUUCAGCAGCGCUAUGUUGGAACAGGUCACGCUGAUACAACAAGAUUCGAAUGGACGAGCAACAUCCAGAGGGAUUCGUAUGCAUCAUACGUGGGGCAUCCGCCAUUGUUGAGUUAUAUGGCGAUUGGCUUUGGAAGCCCUAAGGAGAUUGUUAGGAAGAAUAUGAUUGAGGUGUGUUUUCCCUUUAAACCCAUGUGUUUGCUUGUAUAUAUUUGGAGGUAAAGUUAAGGAGACUAAUGUCGAACAGAAAAUGAUCCAACCGGUCGGAAAGCCACCCGAGGUGCAGGAUUAGGUGAACUGCUUGAGACGGGUCUUGUGUAUGGAGAUCAAAGAAAGGUGUGUUUAGGAUUUUUGCAAUACUAUACCACUUGAACUGGUUCUAACUUUUUGAUAGGAAAUCUUUUGCAUCAACUAGUAGACUGGAUCAAAGUAUCAAUGAAAGGAAAAUGUCAAUGAAGGGCACGCACAACGAAUCAGAAUACAAGUCUACGUGAGCGAAGCGGUGUGGAAAUUAUACGCACGCAGGGUCAUAAUAUGGUGUUCAUGGCGCAAACAUAUAAUGGGAAUUGAGAUUGAUUGAUAUCAGUCAUUGUCGGGAAAAACAAGUUUUACGAGAUAUCGCUUGUAGUCGAGGAAAUACUACACAGCACAUGACAUCGCUUCGCUGAACCGUAUUUUCUCCCAUACUUCUUUUCCUGGAUUCGUAUUUCAACCGGUGGCAGCCGAUCACAGUUCCUCGAACGUCAAUGCCAUUCAAAAUGAAUCACAUAUCGAACUCUUCUGCCAGGCUCGGGUACAAUCGCAUAGGCUUGAAUUCAGAGUGUGCGGUUCAGCAUGGAUACCGCACAAUUAUUUCCUUGCGCGAGGUCAAUUGUGACCACGAUACAGACGAAAGUUCCUAAAUUAUCUGGGUUUUGAGAUUUCCACAUGUGGUAAUAAAAUAAACGUUUCUCUCCUCACCAUUCACCUGUCCAGGAUAUUUGAAAAAAAUCGAUAUAUGAACCAGAUUGC